CAUGGUGAAUAGUAAUGUGAAAAUUUCUAAAAUUUUUAGCGCUUACUAGACAUUUAUACUAUACUCGAUUACGCUUUGGUAAAACUGCUCAAAUUUUUACAGCCUUAAAAUAAUCUGCCAAAUUAUCAAGUACUUUCUAACAAUAACCAUUUUGGAGAAAAACAUAACAAAAUUAAAAGUUUCUUAGUCACUAUAAAAACAACAAGAUAAGAAAGCAAGCGAAACAAGUCACCAAUAUCAUUAAACGCAGAAGGGGUGUGGGGUUGAAUGGCUCAUGUAAUUUUCCAAUUUCUCAAAAACAAAGGAAUAGUAAGAAAGUGUUCUUGGUACAUUGGACAAAUCGGCGAAGAUAGACGCGAGGAAAGCGGUGGAAACAACAAACGUCGGGUGACCAUCGACAAUUAAAAAGAGGGUUGGAGUUUAAGAAGCAAUUGUAGCUUCGUCAGUCCAACGGAAACGAUGUCAACAACUUCUCCAAAUUCUGGAAAUAGUAGUAGUAGCAACAACAACUCUACAAAAGCGACAAAACAAAGUCAACUUGACGUCGGCGACUCCUACAGUGACAGCAGUAGUAUUGAAGAAAAUCUUGAAGCUGAGGAACGACGUCGUAGAAUUUUGAAAAAUAGAAAUAGGAGCAGCGGGUAUUUACAACGCAACAUUUGCAGUAAAUCACAGCCCCAUCAUCAGCUGACACAGCAGAGAAUCAAUAUGAAUGCGGCAAGUGGUGCUAUUCCGAAACAUGACAAGACGGCCACAACAGGCGCUAGUUUAUCUAAUAAUCCUGGUAGUGGUGCUAUAAUGCGUCCCGGGGAUCGUAUUGCAUUGUUAGUGGACAAUGUCCGUUUCGUCAUUGAACAAGCUUUGGUAACUGCACAUCCAAACACCAUGUUAGGAACAAUGUUCAGUUCAGGCUUUCAAUUUGUCCAUCCUAAUGAACGCGGCGAAUACGAAGUAGCUGAAGGGAUUUCACACACAGUUUUCCGUGCAAUUUUGGAGUACUAUAAAACUGGAAUAAUACGCUGUCCUCCAACUGUAUCUGUACCAGAACUAAAAGAGGCGUGUGAUUAUUUACUGAUACCAUUUGAUGCGACCACAGUUCGAUGCCAAAAUUUACGAGGUUUACUACAUGAACUCAGCAACGAAGGUGCCCGCCAACAAUUUGAAGUUUUUCUUGAAGAUCUAAUACUGCCCUUAAUGGUUGCAUCAGCUCAACGUGGUGACCGAGAAUGUCAUGUUGUAGUUUUAUUAGACGACGACGUUGUAGACUGGGAUGAAGAAUUUCCUCCUCAAAUGGGUGAAGAAUACUGCCAAACUGUGCACAGCACCGCUAUGCAUCGAUUUUUUAAAUACAUUGAGAAUCGUGACGUUGCCAAGCAAGUAAUGAAAGACCGUGGAUUAAAGAAAAUACGUUGUGGAAUCGAAGGAUAUCCAACGCACAAAGAGAAAAUUCGUCGAAGACCAGGUGGUAGAGCAGAGGUAAUUUACAGCUACGUACAACGUCCUUUUAUACACAUGUCUUGGGAGAAGGAGGAAGCAAAAAGUCGUCACGUUGACUUUCAAUGUGUUAAAUCAAAAUCAGUAACAAAUUUGGCAGAGGCUAAUGCAGAUCCUCCUUUAGAACUCGACGCAAGUGGCAAUCCAAUAAGGCCUCCAGAAGUGAAUAUUAAUGCUGAGGCACGUGUACCUUUCGUUCCUGAAGUUGAAGUGGCCGGCGGUGGAGGCAUUGAUGCACCUGUCGCAGUAGCCGUUGACGAAGCGGCAGGUGGAGUAAUAAUGCUUAACGAACUUGAACAGGCCUCUGGUGGAACUAUCGAAGAGUCAAUCUAAAUCCACAUGUCCUAACACACAAAACUUAGCAUUUGUGAGAACUCAUUUAUGAUAUAUAGACGUAUGUAUUUACUCACUGAUUCUUCAUAUGUAUAACCAAAUACAACUAUGAUAUUAAUA